CCUGGCCCAGCGCCCUGUUCCCGUUUGUUGCCUGACAGACAGACAGACGGAGGUCGUGGGGCUGACCAUCGCGUGCCCGCAGGCCGAGGAUGCAGCGCUGGAAGGCGGCAGCCUUGGCCUCGGUGCUCUGCAGUUCGGUGCUCUCCAUCUGGAUGUGUCGGGACGGCCUGCUCCUCAGUCACCACCUGGGACCCUCGCUGACCCCACUGCGCCGGCCGCCUCGCACCCUGGACGCCCGGAUCGUCCGCCUGGCCCAGUAUCGUGCACUGCUGCAGGGCGCCCCGGACGCGGUGGAGCUGCGCCAGCUGACGCCCUGGGCCGGCAGGCCUCCGCGUCCGCGCCGUCGGGCGGGGCCCCGGCGGAGGCGCGCGCGCGCACGAUCAGGGACGCGGCCGUGCGGGCUGCGCGAGCUGGAAGUGCGCGUGAGCGAGCUGGGCUUGGGCUACGCGUCCGACGAGGCGCUGUUCCGCUACUGCGCAGGCGCCUGGGGGGCGGCUGCGCGCGUCUACGACCUGGGGCUGCGGCGGCUUCGCCAAGGGCAGUGCGUUCGGCGGCAGCGGGUGCGCGCGCAGCCCUGCUGCCGCCCGACGGCCUACGAGGACGAGGUGUCCUUCCUGGACGCGCACAGCCGCUACCACACGGUCCACGAGCUGUCGGCGCGCGAGUGUGCCUGCGUCUGACCCUACCUCACCGGGCCCGGCGAGACGGCGGCCACGCCCCCCGCGCCGCGGCGCCCACCGUCCGGCCUGGCGAGGUCCGCGGCGGGCAGACUGCGCGUGCGCAG